AUGUCAGCAACGCCGCUGCCGCGAGUUUUUUUGGCCUCGUGGCUGGAGAAGAAGAUGGAGUGGCGCUUCGUCUACGAGCAACGCUACUUUAUUCUCGAUGGCACCCGCCUCAGCUACCGCCUCGAGGAGCACGGCGCCGAGCGGAAGUUUGGCACGAUCAUCUCCUUUGACCCAUGGCGCGAGAGCUUGAAGAGUGACACCUCUAAAGGAUUUAGCUUCACGGUGUGGCUGCUUGAGGGUGGCUCCUGGGAGCUGCGGGCAGCCACGCAGGAGAUCUACGAGAGCUGGCUGCACGCCCUUCUUACAGUGCUCGCGCCCUCCAACUCCACCUCUGCGGUACUGAGCGAGAGCGGCGGUAUGGCGAGCUCGCACGACACCUCGAUGGUCUCGGACGCCGCCGCGACAACCGUGGGUGCGUCCUCCGCACACCUUCAGGGCGAGAGUCUGGGUUGGGCUCGCAAGGUAGGCGAGCGCAGUGACCCCAUAAACAGUGCUAGCCAAGCGCAGAUGGAGUUUGCCGAUGCCUUGCAUACAGCGGCGGGAACGAGCCCAGCGGCCGAGGAGACCGCUCUCACCGCGGCGGUCAUUGCCGCUGCAACGAAUCCAGGCAGCACCACCUCGGCCUCCAACACUCUGCUGCUGUCCUCCAUGGUGGAGAAGCAGACGGCCUGGAGGGGCCGCUGGAGGCCGCGGUACAUGGAGCUGCGGGACGGGCGCCACCUUGUCAUUCGUUCCUCAGCUACAUCCAAGACGGAGCGGCAGCACUAUGUUGUUGAGGCGGUGGACCUCUCGCCACUCGUGAGUCAGGCGGUAUGGCUGCUCUUCACCACAAGCAGCGGUGACCGCUUUUGGGUUCGCUACGGCUCUGUAGAGGAGUGCCAGCGCUGGUACUCGGUCUGCCGGCGUCUGCUUCACGCAGAGUGCUCAUGGCACUGGUUGCCGCUCGCCGAGAACGAUGCUGGCCGCUCACUUCGACUGCGGCAAGCCACCAGCGGCAGUUACAGCGACCUGCAGCUGCACUACCACUCCGCUGCCGUGGUGCCGUCUUUUCAGGAAGGGAUGUGGUGUCCAUCGCUGUACGUUUUUGGGGGCUCGCGCCGGUGGUGCAAACAAAUAUUUAACCCCCAGGCACGCGCCUUUCUCCCGCACGCUGAGCCCACGCACACCACAAAUUACUUGUGUACGCUGGAGCUAACAGGUCCACACGUGAUGCAGCUGUGGCAGCCUGCCCCGUACCAGGAAAGCCCGCACGCGUUGGUGCGUCCACUUUCUCGCUACGGCGCGACAUUGACAUGCGUCCCUGUGGAGGCACCGCAAUCGCUCACGCGAAAAACCUGGCCGCCACAGACGGUCGGGGUACGCGUGGUGCUGCUUGGCGGGCUAUCGGGUGGCAGGUAUCAGCCUCCCACUACGGAGCUCUGGAGUGUGUGGCGCAGCCCGGCGGCGUGUGCUCAAGGUGUCGAGAUGUGUUGGGAUCGGCACGACCUGCCUCCCUACGAGCUCCCGAUGCUGGCCUUCCAUGACGCUGUGUGCGUGCCAUGGAGGUCAGCGGCAGUGGCGCGCAGCGCAGACCCUCAGGUUCAGCGCCAUACCGGCGGUGGGUUUCUUCUCGUGACAGGUGGCCUCGAUGUGGAGUAUCGCUGCAGGGCUGAGUGCUACGCGGUGGUGUGGAACGGGGCGGAUGACCAGCUUUGCCCAACCGCCUCUGCGACCGAGGACAAUCUCGAGGAGAGAGCGCGCCUUGCAAAGCCCACAGCGUUCGCCUUUGGUCAGUUGCCAGAGCCGCGCGCGUUUCACCGCAUGGCGGUCAUGGAAGACGGCACGGUGGUUCUCGUUGGUGGCCGAAGUGUGGAGAACGCAGCGGUGAGUCAGCCUGUCCUGACGUUGGCGCCGGAGGUGUGGCGGCGCGCAUCCAAGGUAUGGGGAUGCGCCGGUGGCAUUGCUGCUGAUGCUACAGCAUCACCUACAUGCAAGAGCAACGGAGCCGAGCCUCAGAGGGAAAAUUGGUGCUCACCUCCCCCCACACCCAGAAGAAAAGGAACGAAUGUGUGCAAGUAG